UGUUACAUCAAAAUACUAUUCGAAUACAGAAACCAGAUAACCGAGAGAGACAUCUAUCGGAAAAGGAAAUAUUUUGUAGAUUUUGUAACGUAAAAGGAUGUAGAGUUCGGCUGAAAAUGUCAGGAAAUGGAAUAUAAAAGCGUGGUAUAUAACGCUGCAAGAGACGGGAAAUUGAACCGUCUGAAAAUAUUCUUAGACCACAAAUCGAAAGAUGUUGUCAAACAACUUGUCCAAGCGAAAACUAAUGGGGCCACCCCACUUAUUAUGGCUGCUAGAAAUGGCCAUUUUGACGUUGCCAAGUAUCUUAUUGAGCAGUGUGGCGCUGAUUUAGAGCAGCCUGGAUCAGUAACCUUUGAUGGGGAGACUAUUGAAGGUGCCCCGCCCCUCUGGUGCGCAGCGGCUGCUGGUUACCUGAACAUUGUCCAGUUUCUGGUUACAAGAACAGCCUCUGUAAACAAAACAACAUUAACAAACUCAACACCCUUAAGAGCAGCUUCAUUUGAUGGUCAUUUAGAUAUAGUGAAGUUCUUGGUUGAGCAUGGUGCGGACAUUGAAAUUGCUAACAGACAUGGACACACAUGUCUGAUGAUUGCUUGUUAUAAAGGGCAUUAUGAGAUUGCUAAAUAUCUACUGGAAAAAGGUGCAGAUGUCAACAGAAAGAGUGUUAAAGGUAACACAGCUCUUCAUGAUUGUGCAGAGUCCGGAAGUUUAGCAAUAAUGAAACUUUUGCUCGACUUCAAAGCUCGAAUGGACAAAGAUGCGUAUGGUAUGACCCCACUACUAGCGGCUGCUGUGGCUGGAUUCUCUCAUAUUGUGGAGUUUCUCAUCCAGAGACCAGAUUGUUCUAAACAGCACAAAAUAGAUGCUUUGGAGCUUCUUGGCUCCACAUACGUUGAUAAGAAAAGAGACAUGUUGGGAGCGAUAGCUUUCUGGCGCCAAGCCAUGGAUGAGCGCUACGCAGACUCUCACAACCUCGUGUGGAAACCGUCCAGACCGGUGCUAAGUGAAGCUUAUGAGAAUGCUAGAGAAGUGACGUCUGUUGAUCAGUUAGAUGAGUUGAUUGCUGAUCCCGAUGCCAUGAGAAUGCAGGCCUUGCUGGUUAGAGAAAGGAUUCUGGGCCCUGCUCAUCCAGAUACGUCUUACUAUAUUCGUUACAGAGGUGCGCUUUAUGCUGAUAUGGGUAACUUUGACAGGUGUAUUCAGCUAUGGCGUUAUGCCUUAGAUCUACAGCAGUCUGUUUUAGAACCCCUUAGUCCAAUGACUCAGAGCAGUUUCUUGUCUUUCGCAGAAUUGUUUUCUUUUAUGACUACUGAGUGGAGGAAUAGACCUGCUCAUCCAGUGUCUUUUAAAGACAUCCUGGAUGUGUUGUUGAAAGCUGUGAACGAGUUAGACCGCGGUAGAAAACAUUUGUCACAGCAAGAAUCUGCUGAAAAGGACCUUACACACAUCAAUAGGCUUCUUGUGAUAAUUAUGCAUAUUCUGUGUCUGAUUUGUAGAUUAAAAAAGAAUCUUUCUGACGACACGGACAAAGAUUUUAAACUUCAUGUGUACAGGUUAGUGAAGCUCAAGCCUCUCGGUGCAAAGGGCUACACACCACUCCAUCUAGCAUGCACCAGAGAAACCACCAACGUAGGGCGUUACCCAGUGUGCUCAUUCCCUUCAAUGCCUGUUAUAUCUUUGCUGUUGGAAGUUGGGGCUGACCCUAAUGCCCUGGAUGCAGAAAAGAACACUCCUUUGCAUGUGGCUGCCAGUAACAAACCAUGUCGACCGGAAGUUUUUACUUUGCUCCUUAAGCAUGGUGCCCAUAUUGAUGCAUGCAAUGCAGAAAAGAUAACGCCAAUGCAAAUGAUCCGAGGUGUGUCCAUAUAUGAUAUUGUGUCGCCACUUCAAUUUACGACAUUGCAGUGUCUUGCUGCGAGGAAGAUUGUAAAGUGUGGCAUCCCUUACAAGGGUUUUAUUCCAGAGCGUUUAGAAAAAUUUGUUGAAAUGCACUAAUGUUUCCACUCAUAGUAACCAAUUCCUGGUAGUUCCUACUUACCAAAAAAUGAUAUGCAUCCAAUUGUCUGUAGUUGAAGCUACCUGUUUUUAUUUGUGCGGAUGGGUAUCCAUAAUUAAGGAUGAUGGGUGCUUACAACUUUCUACUUUCAAUCCCCUUUCUGCAAGUAAUAUAAGGAUGUGUGUUUCAAUAAUUGUUUUUAUGACCCCCUUAGAAGAAGGCAGAAUAUAGUUGUUGCGCCAUACAUUUGUAUGCCUGUGCAAAAUUUCCUUUCUCAGCAAUUAUUUUUUGGUACAUAUGUAAAUUGAUGGAUUAAAAAAAUAACUUUGCACAAAUAUAAACCAGCAUAAGACCAUGUGUGGUAACAUGGACCUCCCUACCUCAUGGUGAUUGUCACAAUUAGAGGUCUAAGAUCAAUUUUAACCAUUUACCAGUUAGAUACGUCUUUUGGCGCAUUUUUAGUCCCUUAGAAAGUUGCAUUUAAUGAAAGACCCUUUUUACUAAAUUCAAGUUUUAAAUGCUUCAUUUCCAACCCUUAGACACUGACGAGCAGCCAUCAGCAUAAAACUUGAAUAGACUGCAAGUUACUCACAGGCUGUUCUGGUUUUAUGCUGGUUGCAAAAGCCAUUUUCACUUUGCUUCUUCUGGGGGAAAAGGUUAACCCAUUUAUGCCUAGCGUCUAGAAAAAAGGCCUUUGCAAACAGCGUAGACCCAGAUGAGACGCUGCAUGAUGCGGCAUCUCAUCUGGGUUUACGCUGUUUGCUUAAAGGAAAUUCUGUAAGAAAUAUUCUAAGUAUAGAAAUAAAUAUACUAGACAUCCCUAAUUUUGGAAAUAAAUUGAUGCAAUUUAGAAGGAUGGGAAGAGUCCACUAGGCAUACAUGGGUUAAGACAAAAGUGGAAUAUGUUGGUAUCAGUGUCCUAUUGAAACAUUUCGUGUAAAUGAGUCAUUUUGAUACAUUAUUAGUUGUUGCUUUUUAAUUAACAAUCUAUAUCAUAAUCAUUACAUAUUUUUGAAGGUUAAAAGCCCAUACACACUCAAAAUCAACAAAUAUUUCGUUCUAUAUUUGGAAAAAUGAAAAUGCUCUUUUUUCCUUUUUUGUGGGACAAAAUAUUCUACACAUGCUCAUGCACUAAGUUAUUCUUCAUGUGUUGUAUGAAUAGAUAUUGUUGCUUGAAAUUAAAAUGGAAUAUAUCUUGCCACAAAAAAUAAAAACGAGCAUUUUGUAUCUCCUUAAAUCUAUGUUACACAUACAUGUACCAUAGUACAUACCACAUCUAGCGUUGAAAUUUUGGCUUUUGCUAUAUGGAACACUGUUCUUUUUAUGGGUGAACUUAAUUAUAAAAUAUUUUACAAAGUAUUUGUUGAUUUUGAGUGCUUAUGUUACUUUAAAGUAAUCAAACAUAUUUUGCAGCACACACCCAGUUAAUUCAGUAGAAAAACCGAAACAAUUUUAUUGCAGGAUUAGAAGAUCUAUUACCUUUUAAUAGCUAAAUUGCUGAACACAAAGGUUUUAGAUUUUCCCAAAUUCAUGUGAGCGCUUAAGGGCCAUAAUGACCCUCUUGUUGCAGUAUAAACUUCGAUUUUGUUGUCCAAUGUAGGAAGAAUGUUUAUUUUGAAUGAAUAAGUGUUAAGAAUGUUACAAAACUUGUUUGUUUAUCACUUUUCUUUCGUUUAACUUACAGCCGUAUGAUAUGUACGUACAUGUACAUGGAUUACCGACUGAGUCAUUCAAAGUGAGGUCCUUAUAUAAUUACAAUCAUGUUUGAAGAAGAAGAUCUAAAUAUUGCCAGAGUGGUUCUCAACAAUAACAUUGUAAUUUAUUAUGCCCCCCUUCGAAGAAGAGGGGGUAUAUUGCUUUGCUCAUGUCGGUCGGUCGGUCGGUAUGUCGGUCCGUCCACCAGGUGGUUUCCGGAUGAUAACUCAAGAACGCUUGGGGCUAGGAUCAUGAAACUUCAUAGGUACAUUGAUCAUGACCCGCAGAUGACCCCUAUUUAUUUUGAGGUCACUAGGUCACAGGUGAAGGUCACAGUUACUGGAAAUAGGCAUUAUACAUUUAUAAGGAUUUAGCAUGGUUCAAACAAGGGAAACAACUACGGUUUAUGCAUGUUCUUUUUAUUACAGAUUUGCCUCCCUUUAAUUCAUUCACAAUCUCAUUUUACAUCAGAGAUUCCAAAUCUGACCUGUAAAUGAGCCCCAUAUUUACUGCCAGUGCUAGGUUACCUUUUCCCAUUUGAUCAUUCUUAAGUAUUGGUAUUGUAAUGCUGCUACUGCUGCUGCUACUGCUACUACUACUACUAUUACUACUACUAUUACUACUACUACUUCUACUACUUCUACUACUUCUACUACUACUACUACUACUACUACUACUACUACUUCUACUACUUCUACUACUACUACUACUAUUACUUCUCCUUCUACUACUACUACUACUACUACUACUACUACUACUACUACUUCUACUACUACUACUACUUCUACUACUACUACUACCACCACUACUACUUCUACCACCACCACCACCCACCCACCUACCACCACCCACCACCACCACCACCACCACCACAGUGACAAAAAACGUAUUCACACAAUGGCUGCUACUACAACUUAUAGCCCAUAUAGGGGGGCAUGCAUGUUUUACAAACAGCCCUUGUUAUAUUGGGUUUCUUCAGUCAUGUUUUGUUUGGAUCACAUCUGUUUGUACUAAUUAGAUGUGUAUGCCCUUAGUUUUGAGUUUGUGUAUAUGCUCUUUUUUCGAAAACAAAAAAAACUUAAGAUUUAGAGUAUGCAGUAUUACUGUGCUAGACAUAAAUAUAUGCUUUAAAUCAGUGCCAACUAGUUUAUGUUGUUGUUUUUAUGUUAAAUCAUGACUGCAUCAUAUACGUUUACACUGGAACACUUCCAACCUAACACCUAUACAAAGCUCAUUAUAUGGCUAUUCAUCAGGUGAACUUAAUCAAUUUUGACGGUGAUUUAUUAAAUAAUACAGAAAAAAAAGUAUUUGCAAUUUUGGUAAAAUAAGAAAUUUGAUAUUUGUUCAAACACUUGCCUCAUACACAUGGCCUAAAACAGACAAGGUUAAAGUUGUUAACACUUUCAAAAUACAUUGUACAGUGUACACUAAUGAUUAAAUCUGAUUAUUUAUAUUCACACUCAUUUUAAAAUGUGCAAAUGAAAUUUUGCUAAAGAAAAAUGUAAGUUAAUAAGCAAAAUCAUGCCCAAAUUUACCAUAAAUUAAUGAGGUGUGUGUAAGUGUCUGGUUAGAGGUAUAAUCCAGUGUAUUAGCACACUACAUUUAAGUAUGUCUAUAUGCUUAUGAGCCUUGCUCUGUGAAAACAGUAUUUAAUGCAUGUGCAUUCUAUGUCACCAAGAUAAGCCCGUGCAGUUUGCACAGGCUUAUCAGGUUGACACUUCCCGCUGUGUAUGGUACAUUUAAGUCGUUAUACGGUAGGAUAUUCUUAGUAAGGGUCCAAUGUAGGCGGAAAGUGUCAUCCUUGAUAAGUCUGUGUGGGACAACACUUUACGCAUUAACCUUUUUCCACUCAGAAGCAAAUUGAAAUUGUCUAUUGGCAAACAGCAUAAAACCAGAACAGCCUGCAAGUAAAUCACAGUCUGUUCAGGUUUUAUGCUGGUUGCUGCUCAUCAGUAUCUAAGGGUUGGAAAUGAAGCCUUUAAAAUUUGAAUCUAAUUAGAAAGGUCUUUAAUUAAAAUUAAUUUUCUGAGGGAAAAUUAAAAUUAAUUUUCUGAGGGAAAAUUAAAAUUAAUUUUCUGAGGAAAAAAAAGUACUGCAGUUGUAAUGGUUUAACCCUUUUAGGGCUUGAACCGAAUUUUAAAGGCCUUUGCAAACAGUUUGGAUCAAGAUCACGUUUUGUGGCGUCUGAUCACGAUCCAAACUGUUUGCUAUUCUGAUAGUGGUCUUUGAAAAAAGUAAAAAAAUGAUGAUUUUAGAAAUUCAGCAGACACCAAUUUAGCAGACAACAAAUAACCCAGCAUGCAAAGGGUUAAACCCUGCUUCCCUAGAGUGGGGCUCAAAUGAAAACUUAAACUAAUAUCUGUUCUUUGUGAUUAUGGUUGAACUGUAUGCAUAACACACUCUAUAAGAAAUAUUGUUGUUAACUUUUAUUGUAAAACUGUUUAUAAUUGAAGUUGCCCAAAUUGAAUAAUAAAAAAAUUCUGAGCAGAAAUUGUUUAGGACAUUUAAAAUAUAACGUAAACAUGUGUAAACAUAUCUGAAAUUAUGAAUGCGAUCUUAAAGGGGCCUUUGCACGUUUGGUAAAUUGACAAAAUUUAAAAAAAUGUUUCAGAUUCGCAAAUUUUUGUUGUAGUUAUAUUUGUGAGGAAACAGUACUAAUGAACAAUUACCAUGCUCUAAAAUAUCCAUUGUAUGCAUCUUUUGACGAUUUAAAAACCUGAAAAUUAUAAAGUGUUGCAACAUGAAACGAUUGAAUAAUUAGGAGAGUUCUGUUGUUGUCAUUAUAUUUUGUGAUACUACGAGGAUUGCUUAUAUAAAGUGUAAAAUAUAUAACUCAUUGUAUGAGCACGAAUGGCCCAGUGGUCUAAGCAAUAGACUUUUACUCCAGGGGUUAGUGGUUCGAGUCCAGUUGAGGGUUACUUUUUUUUUCUUUCUUUAAUUUUAUUAUUGUUUUUAUGCCCCCCUUCGAAGAAGAGGGGGUAUAUUGUUUUGCACAUGUCGGUUGGUCCGUCCGUUGGUCCGUCCACCAGAUGGUUUCUGGAUGAUAACUCAAGAACGCUUAGGCCUAGGAUCAUGAUACUUCAUAGGUACAUUGAUCAUGACUGGCAGAUGACCCCUAUUGAUUUUCAGGUCACUAGGUCAAAGGUCAAGGUCACAGUCAGUGACUCGAAAUAGUAAAAUGGUUUCCGGAUGAUAACUCAAGAAUGCUUACGCCUAGGAUCAUGAAACUUCAUAGGUACAUUGAUCAUGACUGGCAAAUGACCCCUAUUGAUUUUCAGGUCACUAGGUCAAAGGUCAAGGUCACAGUGACUCAAAACAGUAAAAUGGUUUCCGGAUGAUAACUCAAGAAUGCUUACGCCUAGGAUCAUGAAACUUCAUAGGUACAUUGAUCAUGACUGGCAGAUGACCCCUAUUGAUUUUCAGGUCAAAGGUCAAGGUCACAGUGACUCGAAAUAGUAAAAUGGUUUCCGGAUGAUAACUCAAGAAUGCUUACGCCUAGGAUCAUGAAACUAAAUAGGAACAUUGAUCAUGACUGGCAGAUGACCCCUAUUGAUUUUCAGGUCACUAGGUCAAAGGUUAAGGUCACAGUGACUCGAAAUAGUAAAAUAGUUUCUGGAUGAUAACUCAAGAAUGCUUACGCCUAGGACCAUGAAACUUCAUAGGUACAUUGAUCAUGACUGGAAGAUGACCUCUAUUGAUUUUCAGGUCACUAGGUCAAAGGUCAAGGUCACAGUGACUCGAAAUAGUAAAAUGGUUUCCGGAUGAUAACUAAAGAAUGCUUACGCCUAGGAUCAUGAAACUUCAAAGGUACACUGAUCAUGACUGGUUGAUGACCCCUAUUGAUUUUCAGGUCACUAGGUCAAAGGUCAAGGUCACACAAUGGCUGCCACUACAACUGACAGCACAUAUGGGGGGCAUGCAACAGCCCUUGUUUACUGGAGCUUUUUAAAUCUAAUGUUUACAUUUAUCACUAUAAAGCAUUUAAUGACAAACUUUAAUACAUGCCAACAUCUCAUUCUGUAAAAAGGUCCCUUUAAUAGACAUGCAUGUAUAUGCAUGUAUAUUACUUACCUACAUGUAAUUGUAAAAUGUAGGUGUAAAAAGGGUGUACUGUAUCCUUGUUAGUCCCCUACCGGGGACUAUUUGGUUUGCGCUCUGUGCGUCAGUCUGUCAGUCCGUCACACUAUUCUGGAUCCUGCAAUAACUUUAAAAGUUCUUCAUAUUUUUCUUGAAACUUGAAACAUGGACAGAUGGCAAUAUGGAUAUUUAUGCAUGUCAUUUCAUUUUGUUCCUAUGUCAAGAAUUCUAAUUGCUAUGGCAACAAAUAGACUAGAAAUAUUGCUGAAAAUGGUGGAUCCUGCGAUAACUUUAAAAGUUCUUCAUAUUUGUUCAUGAAACUUGAAACAUGGACAGAUGGCAAUAUGGAGAGGUAGGGGACUUUUAUUGCUUGGCAAUAGUCUUGUUAAACUUAUGUUGUGACAAAUUAACACAACUACAGUUGUUAAGUAAAACUAUGAGUGAAUCAUGUACCAGUGUGCAUUUUAUAAAUCUUGUUACAAAUUUUUACAAAUAUUCUUUUAUAAGAUCGAAUAGCAACAAGGUUUGAAUUGCAACAGGACUGGGUGUAUGGGUUGUUUCUUUUCUAUUUAACAAAUAUUUAAUUUUGUAUAUUUAAUAAAGUUUAUGCUUUUUCAUAAAAAAUAAAAUGAAAUACUUUACCUUAUAAUUUCAAUGUUUAUUCUAGAUUUUUUUUCUUAAGAUGUUAAACAUUAAAAAAAUCUAAAAACAAAACUUGAUCAAUAUUUUGAAUAUUUAAAUUCUAGUAUUUGUUAAGUAUACCUCAUUAAGAGCAAUCUCUUACGUCAGUAGAGUGCAAAAAUGAAAUUUUGUAUCUGAUACAAACAGAUUUGAUCAAGCAAGUUAUACCGAUAAAUUGUUCUUCACAACAUGUAUAGGAAAAAUUAUAUUCCAACAAGUGGAAAGAGUCUUUCCCCGUUAGCCUGUGCAAACUGCACACAUAUGCAUUAAGCCCUAUUUUCUUUGAGUGUGGCUUCAUUAUAUAUGAUAUAUUUUUCUUUUUGCAUUUUCUGUAAGUUCUAACACUGCCUGUUAGUAUCCUGAAUUGUGUGUGUGUUGGUUUGACUCUUUGAAAAGGGGUUGUUUUACCAAUUGUUUAGUAUUGGCCUACAAUAUAUGAUGUGUUAUGUUAUAAUAAAGCCUAAUCUUUA